AUGGCGCCGCCAAAGACCUUCGAGAAGAUAGCCAUCACUGGCGCCACUGGACACAUCGGCCAAGCACUUGUGACUGAGCUUCUUAAGACGGGCAAGCACACCAUCACCGCCUUGACGCGUGCCGAGAGCAAACGUGCUCCGCCAAACGGCGUCAAGAGCGUCCAAGUCGACUACAACGACCAGGAAACGUUGAUCGCGGCUCUCCGCGGCCAGGACUUUCUCAUCAUCGCCCUCGCCAUCACCGCGCCUCCGGACACGCACAGCAAGCUCGUCAAGGCAGCGGCCUCCGCGGGCGUCCCGUACGUCAUGCCCAACUGCUACGGCGCCGACAUUCGCAACCCCACGCUGGCGAACGAACCCCUUGGUGCCAUCGUCAUGGCGCAAAUCGCCGAAAUCGAGAGCCUCGGUCUGUCGUACGUCACGCUGGCGUGCGGCGUCUGGUAUGAGUGGAGCCUGGCACUUGGCGACGCGUUCUUUGGCUUCGAUAUCAAAAGCCGCAAGGCAGUUUUCCUCGACGACGGCAAGACGGCGCUCAAUGUGAGUACGUGGGAGAUGUGUGGCCGUGCCGUGACAGCGCUGCUCAACCUGCCCGAGAGCGGCGCGUCGCCCGCGCUGGAGGACUGGAAGAACGAGCCUGUGUAUGUUCGGAGCUUCAGGGUCACCCAGCGCGACAUGCUAGAUAGCCUGCACCGGGUGCUGGGCACGACGGAUGAGGAUUGGGCUAUCUCGUAUGAGCCGGCCGAGAAGCGGGCUCAGGAGGGACUGGACGAGUUCGCCAAGGGCAUCAUCACGGGCAGGGCAAAGAAUAUGUAUUCGAGGCACUUCAUGCGCGCUAGAGCAGGCGAGUUGGAAUUCUCCAAGGACGUGGCUAACGAGGUCCUCGGGCUGGCGGAAGAGAGUUUGGAUGAAGCGACCAAGAAGGCUGUUGAGAUGCUCGAGAGCGGGUUCGAUCCGUUGGCAUGA